AUGAAGAUUACUGUCAUUUUGCUGGCGAUUACCGUACCCUGGGCAGUCGCUUUUCCUAGCGGUUUUUUAGAUGGUGUACCUUUUCUAGGUGAUAUAUUUGGUGGUAGCGGUGGUCACAAGACUGACGGCAAAGAUGGAGACGCCAAGCAUAAUUUACAAAUAGGAACUAUUUUGGGUGGAGGAGCAAGAGGCAAUGGAAGAGGUGCUAAUGGAAAUACUGGAGCAGGAAAUACUAAAGGAGGUGGUGCUGGAGCAGGAAGUACUGGAAAAGAUGAUAACGAAGCUGGAGCUGGUGCUGGUAGUUCAGGCCGAACAAUUAGAAAUACCAUAUCGAAUGCAAAUGGCAUGGCUUCCAACGUAAUUAAAACUGUCGGCAAAAAUGGAGAAUUGAAAAGCGCAAUUUCUUCGGCUAUCGCGAAAGGUAAAGCUAAUGCUGGGAAAGCUGGUUCAAGCGCGGCAGCGGUUGCAAAUGCUGCAGCAUCGCGCAAUAAUUCCGGUGGUAAAAAAUCAACGAAAGACGACGAUGACACGAAAAAAUCAGGAAAGAAUAAUUUGAAAAUUAAAACUUGGACCGGCAAAAAUGGAGAAUUGAAAAGCGCAAUUUCUUCGGCUAUCGCGAAAGGUAAAGCUAGUGUGGAAAAAGCUAGUUCUACCGCGGCAGCGGCUGCAAAUGCUGCAGCAUCGCGCAAUAAUUCCGAUGGUAAAAAAUCAACAAACGACGAUGAUGACGAUGAAAAAUCAGGAAAGAAAAAUGAUAGUAAGGAAAAAUCCGAAUCGUCAGCGAACGCUCAAGGAAACGCCGCGGCAGAAUGGCAUGAUAAGGGAAGAAAUAAUAAGUCAAAUGCAGCAGCGAAUGCAAAAGGUAACGCCGCAGCGAAAUCACGAAACAAAAACCGUGGUAAAGGUAAAGGAGCGGACAAUUCGGAAGAGGAUGCGGAAGAAGACGAAUCAAAGGAUGCUGGAAAAAAAAAAUCGUCAGCAAAAGCAGGGAGCAAUGCUGAGUCAAACAGCGACGAUAAUAAAGGCUCGGCAAGCGCAUCUGCGGACUCAAAUGCGAAUGCAUCUACGAAAUCAGGUAAGAAUGAUAAAUCCGGAGAGAAUUCCUCGAAAACUUCCGCGAACUCAAACGCUGACGCAUCUGCGGAAUCGGGCAAGAAGGGCAAAUCUGGAAAUGGUUCAUCGAAAGCAUCGGCAGAUGCAAAUGCUGACGCAUCUGCCGAUUCGGACAAGCAAAAUGGUUCCGGAAAAAGUUCAUCAUCAGCGAAUGCAGAUGCCGAAGCAUCCGCUAAUUCCAAGAAUAAAGGAAAAGGAUCGUCGAAUGCAUCGGCCGAGUCAUCUGCGAAAUCAAAGACGAAGGAUAAAUCUGGGAAAGAUUCAUCAAACGCAUCGGCGGAAGCUGAGGCAUCAGCUGAAUCGGAAGGUAAAAAUGGAUCGGGAAAAGGUUCAUCGGUAAACGCAAACGGGAGUGCUGAAGCAUCUGCGCAAUCAAAAAAGAAAGGUAAAUCCAGAAAAGAUUCGUCAAAUGCGUCAGCAGACGCAGACGCCGAAGCAUCCGCAAAAUCGGGGGGCAAAGAUAAACCCGUAAAAGAUUCAUCGAAAGCUUCGGCGAACGCAAACGCUGAGGCGUCUGCAGAAUCAGAUGGAAAAGAUGGAAAAGGUUCGUCAAAUGCAUCAGCGAAUGCAGAUGCCGAAGCAUCCGCUGACUCGGAGAAGAAGGGUAAAAGAUCCGGAAAAGAAUCGGAUGCAUCGGCCAAUGCAGACGCAAGUGCGAAGUCUGAGAGCGAUGAUAAAUCCGAAAAAGGAUCAUCGAGUGCAUCAGGUAAGGCGUCUGCCAAAUCUGGAGGAAAGGGAAAAUCUGGAGCUUCGUCGGAUGCGGCGGCAAGCGCUGACGCAUCUGCGGAAUCAGGAGGCAAAAAUGGAGGAAAGGGUACCUCGAGUGCCUCGUCUAAUGCCAAAUCCUCUGCAUCCGGCUCGAAAGAUGAUGAUUCUAAUGAUACAGCAGCGAGCGCAUUAGCGAAUGCGAAGUCUGCGGUAGAGGAUAAAGCCAAUGCACUUGCGGGAGCUGCUGCAAAAGUAGGUUUUAAGAUGUAA